AUGGGGGACUCCCUUGACGGGAGUGAGAACGCUCCGGAAGCUCAGAAUGUAGUCGUGGUUGAAUUUCAAGAGUUUGCAAAUUACCUGCGGCGGGCUGCAACGAUACUUUUGCCGGAGGAUGAACCCGUACCGCUGGCAUUAAAUGCUGCUCUUGAUGAUAAAGUUAACCAAGAUUGCAUUAGAAAGUUCAUUUCGGACUCUCAAGCCUCAUCUUUGUAUGUCCAACGAUUCUCUUUAAAAGAAGAUGAUAGUGAGCAGCCAACUGAAGGAGAAGAAGAGAAAGAAGCUGUCUCCUACCAGAUAAGCAAUGAGGUACAUUUUACAUCUCCAAGGGUUGCUGCAUUUGUUUGUAUCAAGAGAGGAUCUGUUAUUGAAUCUGACAAAUCAAUUCAUAGUCAGCUUCGUCUUAUCAAUUUAUCUGAUGGCUCGCCUUAUGAGACCCUUCAUGCCUUCAUCAGCAAAACCAUGGCACCGUUCUUUAAGAGCUAUGUCAAAGAAAGUGGAAGAGCUGACAGGGAUGGAGAUAAGAUGGCACCAUCGGUGGAAAAGAAAAUAGCUGAACUGGAAAUGGGCUUGCUGCAUCUACAGCAAAAUAUUGAUAUCCCGGAAAUUACUCUGCCUGUCCAUCAAUCUGUUGCCGCUGUUAUUAAGAGAGCGGCUGAUGAAGGUCGCAAACCUCGAGUAGCAGAUUUCGGUGACAAGGUGGAAGACUCGACAUUCCUUAAUCAACUUCAGAAUGGUGUUAACCGCUGGAUUAAAGAAAUACAAAAGGUCACCAAACUAGAUCGAGAUCCAUCAAAUGGAACAGCUCUUCAAGAAAUAUCUUUUUGGCUGAACCUUGAGAGGGCACUUCAUCGCAUUCAGGAGAAGAGAGAAAGCAUUGAGGUUGCCCUGACUUUGGAUAUUUUAAAGCAUGGCAAAAGAUUUCACGCCACUGUGUCCUUUGAUACGGAUACUGGUCUGAAACAAGCAUUGGCUACAGUAUCUGAUUAUAACCCACUCAUGAAAGACUUCCCCAUCAAUGAUCUACUCAGUGCUACCGAGUUAGAAAGAAUCAGAUUGGCGGUCCAACAAAUCUUUUCACAUCUGCGUAAGAUUCGCUCUACGAAAUAUCCCAUCCAGCGUGGUCUGAGACUUGUGGAGGCCAUUUCUCGAGAUCUUGGACAGCAAUUGUUAAAGGUGCUUGGAACACGACGCCUUAUGCAUAUACCAUUUGAGGACUUUGAGCGUGUUAUGACUCAGUGCUUUGAAGUGUUCUCCUGCUGGGAUGAUGAGUAUGAAAAACUUCAAGGUCUUCUAAGGGAUAUAGUGAAGAAGAAGCGAGACGAACAUCUAAAGAUGGUGUGGCGCGUGUCACCUUCACACAAGAGACUGCAGGCUCGUAUGGAACACAUGCGGCGGUUCAGAAGACAUCAUGAACAACUUAGGACAGUCAUGCUGAGAGUUCUACGUCCUCGCGCUCCAGCAGCCACAGAGAAUGGAGCAGCCGGUGAGCCAGCACAGCCACACUCACUGGCCAUGGACGCAGCUGAUGCCAACGCUAUAGCUGAGGUUAACUUGGCCUAUGAGAAUGUUAAAGAAGUCGAUUGCUUGGACAUCUCACGUGAAGGCUGCGAUGCUUGGGAGGCUGCUGUUCGUCGCUAUGAAGAUAGAAUCGAUCGUGUUGAGACUCGUAUCACAGCCCAUCUUCGCGACCAACUGGGGACAGCUAAGAACGCAAACGAAAUGUUCCGUAUAUUCUCCCGGUUUAAUGCUCUGUUCGUGCGUCCUCACAUCCGCGGCGCCAUACGAGAGUAUCAGACACAGCUCAUACAACGUGUCAAGGAUGAUAUAGAAGCUCUACAUGAGAAGUUCAAGGUCCAGUAUCCUCAAUCGAAGUGCAGUCGCCUCUCCCUCGUGCGUGAUCUUCCUCCUGUAGCCGGCUCAAUCAUUUGGGCUAAGCAGAUCGACCACCAGCUUACAGCGUACUUGAAGCGAGUUGAAGAUGUCCUUGGCAAGGGAUGGGAGAACCACAUCGAAGGUCAAAAACUGAAGGCCGAUGGAGAUAGUUUCAGGCUUAAAUUGGAUACACAGGAAGUUUUCGAUGAUUGGGCUCGCAAAGUUCAACAACGCAACUUGGGCGUGUCCGGUCGCAUCUUUGCUAUCGAGUCUGUCCGUGCUCGUUCAAGCAAAAGCGGCAAUGUACUUAAACUGAAGGUUAAUUUCCUCCCAGAGAUAAUAACGUUGUACAAGGAAGUGCGCAACCUCAAGAACUUGGGAUUCAGAGUCCCGUUGGCUAUUGUCAACAAAGCACAUCAAGCAAACCAACUUUACCCUUUCGCGAUCUCGCUCAUCGAAAGCGUACGCACAUACGAACGUACGCUGGAAAAGCUAAAUAAUAGGAAUCAUACGAAGAUUCGCGACAAAGCGUCUAUCAUUCCUCUAGUGGCUGGUCUACGUCGCGAUGUUUUGUUCCAAGUGUCUGAAGGCAUGGCGCUUGUAUGGGAAUCAUAUAAACUGGAUCCCUACGUACAGAAGCUCAGCGAAGUUGUGUUGCUAUUCCAGGAAAAGGUUGAAGACCUUCUGGCAGUUGAAGAACAGAUUUCGGUUGACGCUCGUUCUUUGGAGACGUGUCCAUAUUCAGCUCAAAGCUUGGCUGACAUCCUGUCCAGGCUGCAACGAGCUAUUGAUGAUCUUUCCUUACGUCAAUACAGCAAUUUGCAUUUGUGGGUCCAGAAACUUGAUGAAGAAGUUGAGAAGAGUCUGGCAGCUCGCCUUCAGGCAGGUGUGGAAGCAUGGACCGCUGCACUUUUAGGCAAAACCAACGAACUCGAUUUGUCUAUGGAUACAUACUCUCCCGCGGAACCCACCCACAAGCCAGGCGGAGAUCCGCAGAUAGCUUGUGUGGUGCACGAAGUGCGUAUCACCAAUCAGCAGAUGUACUUGUUCCCGUCGCUGGAGGAAGCUCGAUUCCAACUCAUGAGGCAGAUGUUCGCAUGGCAGGCUGUAGUCACAUCGCAGCAUCGCUUACAGAGUACUAGAUACCAAGUGGGCGUGGCCCGAGCACAAACAGCUACAUAUAGAAAUCUCUUGACCAAGUUGCCAGGUGGAUCCAGUCCUUUGGAAAACGCAUACGAUGCUAUUGAACAGAAAAUAUCUCAGGUCCGCAAAUACGUCGACGAAUGGCUACGUUAUCAAGCCUUAUGGGAUCUGCAGCCGGAAAGUUUGUACGGACGUCUCGGAGAAGAUAUUACUCUGUGGAUAAAGUGCCUCAACGAUAUCAAGAAGUCUCGUACUACGUUUGAUACAUCAGACACUCGCCGUGAGUACGGUCCGGUAGUGAUCGACUUCGCUCGUGUACAGAGUAAAGUGGCUCUUAAAUAUGAUGCUUGGCACAAGGAAGUUCUCGGAAAAUUCGGUGCCUUGUUAGGCGGAGAGAUGGUGCAGUUCCAUGGAAAACUGGCCAAAUCAAGAGGACAGCUCGAACAACAGACUAUCGAAGCAGCCUCCACUAGUGAUGCAGUAUCUCUGAUCACUUAUGUGCAACAACUAAAGAGAGAAGUCCUGGCUUGGGAGAAACAAGUAGAUAUCUACAGAGAGGCGCAAAGGAUUCUUGAACGACAACGAUUCCAAUUCCCAGCACAAUGGCUGCACGUCGAUAAUAUCGAAGGAGAAUGGAGCGCAUUUAACGAGAUCAUGCGCAGAAAAGAUUCUUCUAUCCAAACUCAAGUAGCCUCACUGCAACAGAAGAUCGUAGCUGAAGACAAGGCGGUUGAAGCUCGUACUCUUGAGUUCCUGGCUGAGUGGGAACGCAGCAAGCCUACAGACGGAUCAACAAGACCCGAAGAUGCACUGUCUCGUCUACAGGCCAUGGAAACGAGAUACACCCGCCUCAAGGACGAGAGGGAUAAUGUUGCUAAAGCUAAGGAAGCGUUGGAGUUGCAUGAUACUGGUAGCUCUGUGAACAACGAACGCAUGACGGUGGCUUUAGAAGAACUUCAGGAUUUGCGUGGAGUUUGGUCAUCUCUUAGCAAGAUAUGGACCCAAAUCGAUGACAUUAGAGAGAAACCCUGGCUGUCCGUGCAACCGCGUAAACUGAGGCAACAACUAGAAGCUAUGCUCACCGAAUUGAAGGAACUUCCUGCACGUCUACGCAUGUACGACAGUUACGAAUACGUUCGUAAACUACUGCAAUCAUAUACAAAGGUGAACAUGUUAAUUGUUGAACUGAAGUCAGACGCGCUCAAGGAGCGUCACUGGCGUCAGUUGUGUCGUGCUCUCAAAGUGGAGUGGUCACUAUCAGAGUUGACCCUCGGUCAAGUGUGGGACGCUGACCUGCUGCGUAACGAACACACUGUUAAAGAUGUGGUCUCUGUUGCGCAAGGUGAAAUGGCGCUUGAAGAGUUCUUGAAACAGGUUCGGGAAUCCUGGCAAAGUUACGAGCUGGACCUCAUCAAUUAUCAAAACAAAUGCAAGAUCAUCCGCGGCUGGGACGAUCUCUUUAAUAAAGUUAAAGAGCACAUCAACAGUGUCGCUGCUAUGAAACUAUCACCUUACUAUAAGGUGUUUGAAGAAGAAGCUCUAACAUGGGAAGAGAAAUUAAAUCGUAUCAAUGCGUUGUUCGACGUGUGGAUAGACGUACAGCGUCGUUGGGUGUACCUCGAGGGAAUAUUCAGUGGUUCCGCAGAUAUUAAGACCUUGCUACCCGUUGAGACCAGCCGCUUCCAAAGUAUUAGUUCUGAAUUCCUGGGCCUAAUGAAAAAGGUUAGCAAGUCUCCUAUGGUGAUGGACGUACUGAACAUACCAGGAGUACAGCGGUCGCUGGAGAGACUCGCAGACCUGCUAGGGAAGAUACAAAAAGCACUUGGAGAAUAUUUGGAACGAGAAAGAAGCAGCUUCCCGAGAUUCUACUUCGUGGGUGAUGAAGAUCUGCUUGAAAUUAUCGGCAACAGCAAAAAUAUAGCGCGUCUUCAGAAACACUUCAAGAAGAUGUUCGCAGGCGUUGCCGCUAUUAUACUGAAUGAAGACAACACUAUCAUUAACGGCAUAGCGUCGCGAGAGGGUGAAGAAGUUUACUUCACUUCACCAGUAUCGACUAUAGAAAAUCCUAAAAUCAACUCGUGGCUGUCUAUGGUGGAGAGGGAGAUGCGCGUCACACUUGCUUGUCGUCUCAAAGAUGCCGUUGCUGAUGUCAAACAAUUUAAAGAUGGCAAUGUUGACCCGCAGAAGUUCAUUGAGUGGUGUGAUAAAUAUCAAGCGCAGAUAGUAGUGCUAGCUGUUCAGAUCCUAUGGUCUGAAGACGUGGAGGCGGCGCUGGCUGGAGGCGGCGGGGAGGCUCUGAAGAGAGUCCUCAAACACGUGGACCUCAUGCUGAACGUACUGGCUGACUCCGUACUGCAAGAACAACCGCCGCUGAGACGAAGGAAACUGGAACACCUUAUCAACGAGUUUGUCCACAAACGUACUGUGACCCGUCGUCUGAUCGCAUCUGAUGUUAACUCUCCUCGCUCCUUCGAAUGGCUGUGCGAGAUGAGAUUCUACUUCGAUCCCAGGAAUAAUGAUGUCUUACAACAGCUGACGAUUCACAUGGCCAAUGCUAAGUUCUUAUAUGGCUUCGAGUAUCUCGGUGUUCAAGAUCGGCUCGUACAGACGCCGCUGACAGAUCGCUGCUACCUCACUAUGACGCAAGCUUUGGAAGCCAGGCUUGGAGGAUCACCCUUUGGUCCGGCUGGAACGGGUAAGACGGAAUCGGUGAAAGCGCUCGGUAACCAACUCGGUCGCUUCGUCUUGGUAUUCAACUGCGACGAAACCUUCGAUUUUCAAGCUAUGGGACGUAUUUUCGUCGGUCUUUGUCAGGUCGGCGCGUGGGGUUGUUUCGAUGAGUUCAAUCGCUUGGAAGAGAGAAUGCUCUCUGCUGUAUCCCAACAAGUUCAGACCAUACAGGAGGCGCUCAAGAGUCACCAGGAAGGAGAUAAUACUGCCAAAUCUAUAACAGUGGAGUUGGUCGGCAAGCAGGUUCGUGUGAGUCAGGACAUGGCGAUAUUCAUAACAAUGAACCCUGGUUACGCCGGGCGCUCCAACCUCCCAGAUAACCUCAAGAAGCUGUUCAGAUCCCUCGCUAUGACAACUCCUGACAGACAACUGAUCGCUGAAGUGAUGUUGUUCAGUCAAGGCUUCAGGACGGCGGAGAAAUUGGCCUGCAAGAUUGUACCGUUCUUUAAACUUUGUGAUGAACAGCUGUCAAACCAGUCUCAUUACGACUUCGGACUGCGAGCUCUCAAGUCGGUGUUGGUAUCGGCUGGUAAUGUGAAAAGAGAUCGCAUACAGAAAAUUAAAGAAAAUCUAAUCGAGCGCGGUAACGAAGUACCAGACGAAGCGUCGAUCGCUGAAUCUCUCCCCGAACAAGACAUCCUCAUACAGUCUGUGUGCGAGACUAUGGUGCCCAAACUGGUAGCUGAAGACAUACCACUGCUAUUCUCACUACUAAAUGACGUGUUCCCCAACGUUGGAUACACUAGAGCCGAGAUGACUGGUCUAAAGAAUGAAAUACGAGCUGUGUGUGCAGAAGAAUUUUUGGUUUGUGGUGAAGGUGACGAACAAGGCAAUACUUGGAUGGAAAAGGUUCUACAACUGUAUCAAAUCUGCAACUUGAACCACGGUCUAAUGAUGGUUGGACCCUCCGGCAGUGGUAAAUCUACGGCGUGGCGUGUCCUACUUAAAGCUCUCGAGCGUUACGAAGGUGUGGAAGGCGUGGCUCAUGUCAUCGAUCCAAAGGCUAUGUCAAAGGAGACACUGUAUGGUGUACUCGAUCCUAACACUCGCGAAUGGACUGAUGGGUUAUUCACACACAUACUGAGGAAGAUAAUCGACAAUGUUCGCGGUGAGAUCAACAAGCGUCAAUGGAUCAUCUUCGACGGUGACGUGGACCCGGAGUGGGUCGAGAAUCUCAACUCAGUACUGGAUGAUAACAAACUACUCACUCUACCUAACGGAGAGAGACUGUCACUCCCGCCCAACGUGCGGGUCAUGUUUGAGGUCCAAGAUCUGAAAUACGCCACUCUAGCUACAGUGUCUCGUUGUGGUAUGGUGUGGUUCUCUCAAGACGUGCUCACAACGGAAAUGAUCUUUGAGAACUAUUUAUUGAGACUAAGAAACAUUCCGCUCGAGGACGGUGAAGAGGAUUCCUUCAGUAUUGUGAUGGCAGCUCCAUCUGGCGGCGAUCAGAACGCCACAGAGAGCAUCUUAUCACCAGCGCUACAGACCCAGCGUGACGUAGCGUCAAUCCUUCAGCCAUUGUUCUAUGGCGAGGGUCUAGUGGUCAAAUGUCUAGAGCGCGCUGCUACCCUCGACCAUAUUAUGGACUUCACGAGACAUAGGGCGCUGUCUUCACUACACUCUAUGCUUAACAGAGGCGUCAGGAACAUUCUAGCUUAUAAUCGUCAACAUCCCGACUUCCCUAUAACCAACGAUCAAUUGGAGGCCUAUGUACCUAAAUGGCUCGUGUACUCCUUACUGUGGUCCUUCGCCGGUGACGCUAAACUUAAGGACCGUAAUGAGCUAGGUGACUUCAUAAGAUCAGCCAGCACGAUGCAAUUACCCAACUGUGGACCGAACCAACACAUUAUAGACUUUGAGGUAUCUGUGACGGGAGAGUGGGUAGCGUGGUCGGCUAAAGUGCCGCAAAUUGAAGUAGAGACCCACAAGGUGGCAGCACCGGACGUGGUCGUACCAACACUUGAUACAGUCCGACACGAGGCGCUCCUUUAUACAUGGCUGGCUGAACACAAGCCUCUCGUACUCUGCGGUCCGCCCGGUUCUGGUAAAACAAUGACGCUAUUCUCUGCUCUGCGUGCAUUGCCUGAUAUGGAAGUCGUCGGUCUCAACUUCUCAUCGGCGACAACUCCCGAACUACUACUGAAGACCUUCGAUCAUUAUUGUGAAUAUAGAAAAACACCAAACGGUGUCGUUUUAGCUCCGGUUCAGCUUGGUAAAUGGCUGGUUUUGUUCUGCGACGAAAUCAACUUGCCAGAUAUGGACCAGUACGGCACUCAACGCGUUAUAUCCUUUUUGAGGCAGCUUUUGGAGCAUAAAGGCUUUUACAGAGCGAGCGAUCAUUCAUGGGUGCACCUGGAGCGUAUUCAAUUCGUGGGCGCCUGCAACCCGCCCACGGACCCGGGCCGUAAACCGUUGUCACACCGUCUGCUGCGACACGUACCUGUUAUAUACGUCGACUAUCCCGGAGAAACCUCCCUGGAACAGAUCUACGGUACGUUCACUCGCGCCAUGCUAAGAAUGCAGCCGGCCUUGCGUGGCUACGCGGAGCCGCUGACCCAAGCCAUGGUGAAGCUAUAUCUCGCGUCCCAGGAGCGAUUCACACAAGACAUGCAGCCUCACUACGUGUACUCGCCUCGAGAAAUGACCCGAUGGGUUCGAGGCAUCUGCGAGGCCAUCAGACCCUUGGACAAUCUCUCUGUGGAAGGUUUAGUCAGGUUAUGGGCGCAUGAAGCUCUGCGUCUGUUCCAAGACCGUCUUGUUGAAGAUUCCGAGAGACAGUGGACGGAUGAAAACAUUGAUAACGUCGCUAUGAGGUUCUUCCCGGGCAUCAAUCGUGAACAAGCGCUAGCUCGUCCUAUUCUAUACAGCAACUGGUUGAGCAAAGACUACGUACCAGUACAGAGAGAUCAGCUUCGCGAAUAUGUGAAGGCUAGACUAAAGGUGUUCUAUGAAGAGGAGCUGGAUGUACCUUUGGUGUUAUUUGACGAAGUUCUGGAACACGUGCUUCGUAUAGAUCGUAUCUUCCGUCAACCUCAAGGACAUUUGCUCUUGAUCGGAGUCUCCGGCGCCGGGAAGACUACCCUCAGUCGCUUCGUAGCUUGGAUGAAUGGACUUAGUAUCUUCCAAAUCAAGGUUCACAAUAAAUACACGGGAGCCGAUUUCGACGAGGACCUCCGUUCGGUGUUACGCCGCGCUGGAUGUCGUGAUGAGAAGGUGGCCUUCAUUUUGGACGAAUCCAAUGUUCUGGACAGCGGCUUCCUAGAAAGAAUGAACACAUUACUGGCCAAUGGAGAGGUGCCUGGCUUGUUCGAAGGCGACGAAUUUGCAGCUUUAAUGACACAGUGUAAAGAAGGCGCACAAAGGGAAGGACUUAUGUUAGAUUCCAACGAUGAGUUAUACAAGUGGUUCACGGGUCAAGUGAUGCGUAAUCUCCACGUGGUGUUCACAAUGAACCCAUCGUCUGAAGGUCUCAAGGACCGCGCCGCCACUUCACCAGCUUUGUUCAAUCGUUGUGUCCUCAACUGGUUCGGAGAUUGGAGCGAUGGAGCUCUGUUCCAGGUCGGUAAAGAGUUCACGAGUCGUAUGGACCUGGACUGGUCGGAGUACGUGCCUCCAGAACAGUUCCCAGCGGCCUGCGGUGAGGUUGGAGCCCGACCCGCUCACAGGGCGGCUGUGGUUAACGCCUGUGUGUACGUACAUCAGACGCUGCAUCGCGCCAAUCAGAGACUGGCCAAACGCGCCAAUAGAACAAUGGCCAUCACUCCUAGGCACUACCUAGAUUUCAUCCAACAAAUGGUGAAACUGUAUUCAGAAAAGCGAGCCGACUUGGAAGAGCAACAAUUACAUUUGAAUGUUGGUCUUGGAAAAAUUGCGGAGACUGUAGAACAAGUUGAGGAGAUGCAGAAGAGUCUCGCUGUUAAAUCUCAAGAACUGCAAGCCAAGAACGAAGCUGCUAACGCUAAACUCCGACAGAUGGUAAAAGAUCAACAGGAAGCAGAGAAAAAGAAAAUGGAGAGUCAAGAAAUUCAGGUCGCUCUAGAAGAGCAAACUAAGAAGAUUGAAGAAAAACGAAAAGAUGUUAUGGCUGACCUUGCGCAAGUCGAGCCUGCUGUUAUUGAAGCGCAAAACGCUGUGCGUUCGAUCAAGAAGCAGCAGUUAGUCGAGGUUCGUUCGAUGGCGAACCCGCCGUCCGUGGUGAAGAUGGCGCUGGAGUCGAUCUGUACCCUGCUGGGGGAGAAAGGGGACACGUGGAAGGGCAUCCGAUCAGUCGUCAUGAAGGACAACUUCAUAUCCACUAUAGUCAACUUCGAGACUGAGAAUAUCACUGACGAUGUCCGCGAGAAAAUGAGGACGAGAUAUCUAAGUAAUCCAGAUUACAACUUCGAAAAAGUAAACAGAGCCAGUUUGGCCUGUGGUCCUAUGGUGAAAUGGGCUAUUGCACAGAUCGAAUACGCAGACAUGUUAAAACGCGUUGAACCUCUUCGCAAUGAACUGAAAGCACUCGAAGAUCAGGCACAGACCAACGUUAAGUCCGGAAACGAAGUCCGAGACUUGAUUGCCCAAUUAGAGAAAUCUAUUGCAUCCUAUAAGGAAGAAUAUGCCCAACUGAUCAGCCAAGCGCAGGCAAUUAAGACUGAUCUAGAAAACGUUCAGGCCAAGGUGGACAGGUCUAUUGCUCUGCUGAAGAGUUUGGGAAUCGAACGUGAAAGAUGGGAAGCAAGCUCGGAAACAUUUAGGUCGCAAAUGAGUACUAUUGUAGGAGACGUAUUGCUCUCCGCCGCUUUCAUAGCCUACGGUGGAUACUUCGACCAACACUAUCGUCAGAACCUAUUCUCAAUGUGGAGCAGUCAUUUGGCUGCAGCCAACAUUAAAUUCCGGGCGGACAUAGCUCGUACUGAAUACCUCAGCAACCCUGACGAACGACUCCGCUGGCAGGCCAACGCACUACCAACUGACGAAUUGUGUGUUGAAAACGCUAUCAUGCUCAGGCGCUUCAACCGUUAUCCUCUCAUCAUCGAUCCAUCGGGACAAGCCACUGAGUUCAUAAUGCGUGAGUUUAAAGAACGUAAGAUAACAAAGACCUCCUUCCUCGACGACUCCUUCAGGAAGAACUUGGAGUCUGCAUUGCGUUUCGGAAACCCACUUCUAGUCCAGGAUGUCGAAAACUAUGAUCCAAUUCUGAAUCCAGUAUUGAAUAGAGAGCUCCGUCGCACAGGAGGAAGAGUGCUGAUCACUCUUGGAGACCAAGACAUUGAUCUCAGUCCAUCAUUCGUAAUUUUCUUAAGUACCAGGGACCCAACGGUAGAAUUCCCUCCAGACAUGUGUUCCCGUGUGACCUUCGUUAACUUCACCGUCACUCGUUCAUCACUACAAUCCCAAUGCCUCCACCGAGUACUUAAAGCAGAAAGACCAGACAUUGAUACCAAGCGGUCAGACCUCCUUAAACUACAAGGUGAAUUCCACUUGCGACUCCGACAACUAGAAAAGUCUCUGCUUCAAGCUCUUAAUGAUGCUAAGGGUAAGAUUCUCGACGAUGAUUCCGUUAUUGCAACACUAGAGACACUUAAAAAAGAAGCUGGCGAUAUCGGACAAAAGGUUGAAGAGACCGAUAAAGUUAUUGCUGAAAUUGAAACAGUCAGCCAACAAUAUCUGCCGCUGUCUCAAGCCUGCAGCAGUAUCUACUUCACAAUGGAGGCGCUACACCAAGUCCAUUUCCUCUACCAGUACUCGCUCAAGAUGUUCCUCGAUAUAUUCAGCUCGGUGCUCACGAGCCCCGCCCUUAAAGGAGUCACCGAUUACACGGCCAGGCUGAAAACUAUCACGGAAGAAUUAUUCAUAGCAGUAUAUGAGCGCGUGGCACGCGGUAUGCUUCACACCGACCGUCUUACAUUCGCUCUGUUAUUGUGUCGCAUACAACUCAAGGGUAUUGGCGCUGAAGAUACUCUGGAUCAACAGUUUGCGGUGUUCCUGAGAGGAAGAGAAGGUUUCGUUGCGAAUACUCCACCGUUGGAAGCGCUCUCGCAACAACAGAAUGAUGCCGCCGCUAGGCUGAGCUCAAGGAUGGUAGCUUUCCGUCGCCUGAUGGAGAAGGCUGGCUCGCUGCCGGAGUUGUCCGCGUGGUUGUCUCAGGCGGCGCCCGAGCAGUGCGUGCCCACCCUGUGGGACUGCGACGCUGCCUCGCCCCCACCACCACACGCACUGGCUAUGUACCGCUUACUAUUGAUACAGGCGUUCCGUCCGGACCGUGUGAUAGCGGCGGCCACUCAGCUAGUGUCGUCGGUGCUGGGUCCACAGUUCAUGUCCCGUGCUGAGACCGAGCUGGAUCUCUGUAACAUCACUGAAAGCCAGCUCAACGCGACCACGCCCGCACUAUUAUGCUCAGUGCCCGGCUAUGAUGCUAGUGGUCGUGUGGAUGAUAUGGCUACUGAUUUAAAUAAGCCGCUGUCAAGUAUCGCAAUCGGUUCAGCGGAAGGUUUCAACCAGGCAGAGCGCGCCAUCAAUACUGCCUGCAAAACUGGACGAUGGGUAAUGCUGAAGAACGUCCACCUUGCUCCUGUAUGGUUGGUUCAGUUAGAGAAGAAGCUUCACUCGCUCCAACCUCAUCCUAACUUCCGUCUGUUCUUAACGACUGAGAUCAGUCCCAAGCUGCCCGUGAACUUACUGCGAGCUGGACGGGUGCUCGUGUUUGAGCCGCCUCCUGGCAUUAGAGCUAAUCUAUUGAGGACUUUUGCUACUGUUCCAGCAUCUCGCAUGAUGAAGCAACCUUCGGAACGAGCACGUCUAUACUUCUUACUGGCCUGGUUCCACGGCAUCGUCCAAGAGCGUCUGCGCUACGUGCCUCUAGGAUGGGCGAAAUACUACGAGUUCAACGAGUCAGAUCUACGUGUGGCCUGCGAUACUCUCGACACGUGGAUAGACGCUACUGCUAUGGGCCGUACCAACUUACCACCUGAAAAAGUUCCAUGGGAGGCACUAGUGACCCUCCUCUCUCAGUGUAUCUAUGGAGGUAAAAUAGACAACUUGUUCGAUCAACGUCUUCUACACUCGUUCCUUUGCAAGUUGUUCACUCCGAGGUCCUUCGAAGCGGACUUUGCUCUUGUGGCUAAUGUUGAUGGCGCUUCCGGUAACCAACGCCACAUUACAAUGCCGGACGGCAACAGACGAGAUCACUUCCUUAAAUGGAUCGAGGAACUGUCGGACAGACAGACGCCGUCUUGGCUUGGCCUGCCCAAUAAUGCUGAGAAGGUGCUGUUAACAACUCAAGGCAGCGACCUGGUGUCGAAACUAUUGAAGAUGCAACAAUUAGAAGACGAAGAAGAGCUCGCGUACAACGCGGCCAGCCAGGAUCACGACCCUAAUUCUAUCGUCGUCGAGGGUGAUGGAAGGCCAGCUUGGAUGAAGAUACUGCACGAAACAGCCACAAGUUGGUUGCAACUACUACCUAAGGAAUUGCCAACUCUUCGUCGUACGGUCGAGAAUAUCAAGGACCCACUGUACCGUUUCUUCGAGCGCGAGGUGGCGGCCGGAGCGUCGCUGCUGCAACAAGUGUUGCACGACUUACGAAAUGUUAUAGCUAUAUGCCAGGGCGAGAUGAAGCAGACGAAUGAGACUCGUGCGAUGGUGGGUUCACUAGUACGUGGCAUGUUGCCGAGCGGCUGGCGCAGGUACGCCGUCGCUAGAGGCUGCACCGUACAACAAUGGAUCGACGACUUCGCGCGACGAGUCACUCAGCUCGCUACCGUGUCCAGUACACUGGCAGACCAAGGCGCUAAGAGACUCCAGAGUAUCCCAGUGUGGCUCGGCGGACUGCUCAAUCCGGAAGCGUACAUCACAGCUACACGACAAUGUGUGGCGCAGGCUAACUCAUGGUCCCUCGAAGAAUUGAAUCUACAGGUUACGAUUCCCGACCCGGGUACUCCGACGGAGAACGCGCAGAUGGAGUGGUCGUUCUCUGUAACAGGUCUCAAGCUGCAAGGAGCUACUGUGAAAGGGAACCGUUUGUUGUUGACAAACACCAUCAUGGUCGAUCUGCCGCUCGUAGUGCUCACUUGGAUAAGGGGCGUGGAGCCGGCGGGCGCGGGCCAGUCAUUGACCCUGCCGGUGUAUUUGAACAGCGCUCGUUCAGAGUUGUUGUUCACGGUCCGUCUGCCGAUCGCCGCGGGUCAAGAGCCGCACGCCUUCUACGAGCGAGGCGUCGCAUUACUCACAUCUACUGCACUCAAUUAG